AUAGAGGGAGAGGAGGAGGGAAGAAGCUUGAGGCAGGAAUUCUGGGGAAGAGAGAGAGAGAGAGAGAGAGAGAGGAGAGCCACCAAAAAUGGGUAUGGAAUACCUGUCUAACAACCACUGCAAUGGUGGAGAAGAUUCAGGUGCUGUUAAUCCUCCAGUGAUACUAGGACUCCAACCCUCUGCCCUCAUCGACCACAUAGCCAAGGUCGAUUGGUCUCUACUUUCUCAAAUUUCCGGCGAGUCUGGUGGCUCCUUCCCGGUUGAAAUUGAAGAGCUUGAGCAUAUAUUGAGUGAAGUGAAAAUUCAUAUUCUGUCAUCCCCCGAUGAUUUAUCUCCUGUAAAAACGAUAGCCGCGGGCAGUGUUGCUAAUACUAUUAGAGGCUUGGCUGCUGGCUUUGGGGUCUCUUGUGGUAUAAUUGGAGCCUGUGGGGAUGAUGAGCAAGGAAAAUUGUUUGUGAGUAACAUGAGGUUGUAUGGAGUGAACAUCUCGAGAUUGAGGAUGAAGAAAGGAUCCACUGCUCAGUGUGUUUGCCUUGUUGACGAGUUGGCCAAUCGUACAAUGCGACCGUGUCUCUCAAAUGCUGCUAAGAUUCAGGCAGAUGCACUAAUGAGAGAGGAUUUUAGAGGUUCCAAGUGGUUGGUACUCAGAUAUGCGAUAUCUAAUUUGGAAAUUAUUCAUGCUGCUAUUCGAAUUGCCAAACAGGAGGGUGUUCUAGUAUCCCUUGAUUUGGCCAGUUUUGAGAUGGUUCGGAAGUUCAGAUUGCAACUCCUACAGCUGCUAGAGUCGGGGAAUAUAGACCUUUGCUUUGCCAACGAGGAUGAAGCAACAGAGCUUGUAAGAGGUGAAGAAGGUGCCAAUCUUGAGUCUGCACUUGAAUUUUUGGCAAAACACUGUCAGUGGGCUGUGGUGACAUUAGGCCCUAAUGGAUGCAUUGCAAAACAUGGAAAAGAGAUUGUUCGGGUUCCGGCAAUUGGGGAGGCAAAGGCAAUAGAUGCCACUGGAGCAGGGGACCUGUUUGCAAGUGGGUUUUUGUACGGAUUGGUAAAGGGGCUAAACCUAGAGGAAUGCUGCAAAGUGGGCUCAUGCAGUGGUGGCUCUGUUAUUCGGGCUCUUGGGGGUGAGGUGACACCAGAGAACUGGCAAUGGAUGCAUAAACAAAUGCAGACCGAGGGCCUCACUGUCCCCAGUAGUGACGAGUGAUAUUUCCUGUCAAAGAGGAUCUUUUUUAGGGUUUGGGUAAUCAUUAUUGCUAUUGUUUCAUGAGUCAAUGUUAUUGUUUAUCAAUUAAUGAACGAUUAUCAUUAAGUUGCAUUCGGGAGUACUAGCAUUGUUGUUAAUGCAUACAAAGCUACCAUCUAACCCUCACAAAAAAGAACGGAAACGAUUGAACACAGGGUACUGAAUUUGAAUGCCUCAAGCACAAAAUGUGUACAGUUUUGCUUGGCUUCAA